AUGGUUGAAAGGCUCCCCGGGGUAGCUCCCCCCAUCCGGAAGAGUAACCCCGAUUCCUACGCCGAUACUCCUUUCACGGAUGAGAUCACCCUGAUCGAGAUGCCCAGGAAGUUCUCCUUUCCCAACAUAAAGGCGUAUGACGGCACCAGCGAUCCAGACGAUCAUGUCGCCCAAUACAGACAAAGGAUGCUUGCCAUAGCACUCCCAAAGGAGUCGCGUGAAGCUACCAUGUGCAAAGGAUUCGGCUCAACCCUGACCGGACCCCCUCUGCAAUGGUACAUAAACCUACCCUCCAGGUUCAUAGCCUCCUACGAUAUCCUCAGCGACAAGUUGGUGGAAAAAUUCGCCAGCAGCAGAGGCCUGGAGAAAACCUCUGAUAGUCUAUACGAAAUCCUCCAGCAUAGGGCGGAACCCCUACGAAGCUACAUAGCCCGUUUCAAUCAAGAAAAGGCGUCCAUUCCUGAAUGUAGCAUCCCCACUGCCAUCUCUGCCUUCAAGAAAGGCUUACUCCUCGACGGAGACCUCUAUAGGGAGUUGACCAAGGACCAGUGCAAGAAAAUGGAAGACGUCCUGUCCCGAGCCUGGGCACAUGUAAAAUGGGAAGAAGAUGUCGCCAGUCGCGCUAAGGUGCAGCUAAAGCAAGACCCCAAGACGGUCAGACCGGACCGAAACGAGCGAGAUGAGAAACCCUCUCCGAGACCAGCCAAGGAUUCCGGGAACAGAAACCGGGGCAGAUACCAUAACAGACCAAUCGAGAAGGCAGAAGGGAUGGCAGUGUCCACAUGGCCAGACAUCUCUCACCUCUUUGUCUCCAGGCCGUAG